AUGGCAUACCCGAAUGGCUACACGAAAGGGACGACGAAUGGCUCCUACAGCUCCCUCCGCCGGCACGACUUCCACGACAGCAGUCGCGACACUAGCGCCGAUGAACACUCGCGAUCCCGACCAGCCCCCUCAUACGGCCGCAGCUACAACAACAACUCCGCUCAACCCGAUCAUGUCCAUGGGGUGAGCAGACUCGAGCGCAGCCACAACAACCGCCGGAGUCGAGACUACGCAGCUGAAGGAGGACAGGGAAAUCAAUCAUGGUCCGCCAGCCGAAGUCGCAGCCGACCCGGGGGUCGGUAUGGCGCAGCAGGGAACCAGAUCGAGGAGGUUUUGAAAUACAUAGAGCAACACUGGGGCUUCAUGGCGAGCGCAGACUGCAUUCCGAUCAAAGUGGCACUCCAGCUCAUGGAUUCUAGUAGUCUCGGGUUGCAGGACCAGUUGUCGCAGUUCAGCGAGGCGCAUACACAACUACAGAAUGCACUCAAGGUCAUCGUGAAUGAGCACCAUCAGGGUUUCAACAGCAGUAUUGGUACAUUCCAUAAGAUCCAGGCUGCGAUACACGCCAGUCAGACGCGAGUGCGGACGUUACGGGCUGGACUGGUGGAUGCGAAACGGGAUCUCAUUGGAUCGGCGCAGAGACCAGAGUUAAAAGCGCUGGCGUCGAGUAGUGUUGCUUAUGACAGCAUGCUCCAGACGGUUUCCACGAUAGAGCAGUUGCAACUGGUCCCGGAUCGGCUGGAAGCACAGAUCCGGGAGAAGCGGUAUCUGGGAGCUGUGGACAAUUUGAUCGAAGCACUGGCGAUGAUUCGGAAGCCUGAGUUGGAAGACAUCGGAGCGUUGAGCGAGCUGCGAGUGCACUUGAGUAAUCAGGAACAAAUACUGACAGAUCUUCUGGUGGAAGAGCUGCAUAACCAUCUAUACCUGAAGAGUCCAUAUUGUGAAGAGAGAUGGAAAGGGCACAUGCGGCGGGCGGCGUUGGCAUCUGGCUCAACUACUAUGGACUCCGAAGCUGCGACUGCGUCUAUCAUCGAAAGCGAGCGAGCCAUUUAUACUUUCUUGUCCAAUUACGACGGCAGCAAGCCGAUGCAGGAGGAUGCCACCCGCAACCCGGAAGCAGAUACGUUUUACUACAUCCAGCUGCUCAUCGAAUCAUUGAACAAAAUGUCACGACUUGACCUUGCAGCUGAUAAGAUCGAAGAGCGCCUGCCCGUGGAGCUGUUCAAGGUGCUCGAGCGGACAUUGGGCGAAAUAGAACAACGACAUCCGCAGAGCAUGAUGAAGAGCGGUCGAAGACGACAGCAGCUCGCGUCAGGAGGCGUAGCCGCUGGCCCUGAUGCUGAACAGCGAGCCACGUUGGAAGACCUGCUGACGAUGCUAUACGCCAAGUUCGAGGCAAUUGCUGAAGGUCAUCGUGUAUUAUUCGACGUCACCCACGCCAUCCUCAAGCGAGAGAUAGUACCUUCGUCUGAGGCGACAAUGCUGAAUCGUAGUUUCAGAGAGCUGUGGAAGCUCCUACAGAGCGAGAUCCGGUCACUGCUGCAUGACCAUUUGGCUUCGAGCGGCAGUCUGGGCACAAAAUCGAGACAGCAAAACCACGCCAGCGCCAACAUCUUCAAGAACCAGCCACGAGACAGAAACAGGAAGCUGUUCAAGCUGCAAGAUACGCUGAAGCCAGGCAAAGACGGCAAAGCCAACACAGAUCUAUCAAGUGAGCGAUCAGACCUCGAGUUCAUUCUCAAGGCAUCUGUUCCAGGCUUGGUCAACUCGGACUCAGAUGCCAGCUCGCUCAACAAGCGCCCUGGUGCCCUAAGUAAUUUCGAGGACGACGACUCACCUUCUGCUGUCGCCGACCGUAGCGCCACUGGUCACAAACUCCUCAUCUCUCCCAGCAUCUUCAACAUGGGCCUUCUCUUGCCGCCCUCGCUGACCUUCCUCCGCCACCUCAAAGAGAUAGUUCCUACACAACAGACCUCUGGCGUGGUUCCCAGCACCCUCACAUCCUUCCUUGACGACUUCCUAAUCAAUGUCUUCUACCCGCAAUUGGACGAAACGCUGCUCGACUUGUGUGGACGAUGUAUGAGCGACCCGGAUACGUUCCAGCCGGAUCCGAAGUGGAACGAGGUUGCGAAGAAGCCGAUCUUCAAGGGUGCGCGAAGGUUCAUGAGCAUCAUGGAGGAUGUGUGUGGAUUGUUGGGGCGAUUGCCGCAUGAGCAGAGCUUUGCACAUUUGGUAGUAGGGCAGAUGAGGGCGUUUUACGACGUCUGCUAUGAAUGGAGUAAAGGUCUGCUGCAGCGAGUUGGUGGGAGCGGCGAAGAAGGCGAUGAAGGCAAUGGAGCCUUGAAGAUGCGGCUAGCGGCUGAUCUCGCAACCGAAGGCGACAUCAACGCAGUGGUCAUCGAGCUCCUAACAGCCAAGGACGACGACAAGGAAAAGAUCGUUCUAGCGGAGAAAGAAAGCGCCUUACUGCUCCGAAUGAUCAAGAGCCGCGACCUCGAAUCCACCGACCUGAUCCAAGACCGCAAAGCCCUUGCCGCCCUCUGCACGCUCCAGGUCAGCAUGAAAUGGCUCGCCGCCCGCUGCAAAGCCCUGCGCUUCAUCUCCCCUUACGCCGUCGACACCACCAAUAUCCAAACAGGCCACACACGGCGCUGGACCGCCACCACUGUACCAACCCUCUCCUCCAACGCCAACUCCACGCCUCUCCCGACCACCCCAUACCUCCCCCUCGACACCACCACCGCCCACCAGUUCGACGCCGUAACAACCUCCUUCACCGAACUCUCCACCCUCAUCCUCCGAACCCUCCACAUCGACCUCCGUCUACACCUCCUCUCCGGCGUCUCCGCCGCCCUAAACACCACCUACGCUCUCGGCCAACCCUACAACGACCCGGACCCCGCCAUCCUCACCCUCUCCGAAGACCUCGGCUCCUACGACGCCCAGCUCUCCGCCCACCUGCUCCCGCCGCAACACGCCUUCCUCGCCUCCAACUUGCACGUCACCGCCAACACCGCGCUCGUCGGGUUGGUCUCCACGGUCCCCGCGCUCGACACCCAUGGCUCCGGACGCAUGGGCCUGAACAUCCUCGUGCUCCAACAGAGUCUCAAAUUGCUGCAACCAUUCGCCGACCUAGGCAAAGCAGCGCAGUUCUACGAGCUCGGCGCCAAGGGACCAGAGGCGGUGGUCAAGGAAGGACCGAAGAGUGAAGAGGGCUACGAGACGGAGGACCUGAAAGCGCUGAUAAGGCUGUGCUAUGAUGAGGAGAGGGAUAAGGGUCUGGGCGAUAGGGAGGCGGUGGCGAUGAAGUUGGGCGGUUGGCCGGCGAGGAAGACGAGUUUGAAGGGCAGGGGUGGGAGGAGGGGGAUGGGGUCGAGGACGCAGAGUUCGGCGGAUUGA